AUGGCUCUGAUUAUGAGCACAGAGGGCCUGCGUUCACAUCUGCAGUUCCAGGAGAGCAGACACCCCAGCCUGCAGCUGACCAGAGUGAGCCAGCAAGGGGAUGGGGACACCUCAGCCGCAGCAGCCCAGCCCCUCCGCUGCAACUCGGACCGCUACUGCCUGUCCCAGCCCCUGGGCCCAGCCCCUGCCCUGCUGUCCCCACAAACUUACUGUAAGCUUGCAGACCUCAGCUCUGGCCAUAGCAGGCCCACGCUCUCAGGCCUCCUGGGUUCAGGGCCUUGGGCCUACUCUCCCCAAAAACCCGCAGGCGCUACUGCACACAGCAUCAGCCGUCGGGCUCUGUGGCAAUUCCGCAAUGUGAUCAAGUGCACCAUCCCCGGGAGCAAUCCCUUGUUGGAAUACAACAACUAUGGCUGCUACUGUGGCUUGGGCGGCUCAGGCACCCCCGUGGACCAACUGGACAGGUGCUGCCAGACUCACGACAACUGCUACACGCAGGCAAAGAAGUUGAAGGACUGUAAAGUCCUCAUCGACAACCCCUACACCAACUCAUACUCAUUCACCUGCUCCGGGAACGUGGUCACCUGCAGCGCCAAAAACAACGCUUGUGAGGCCUUCAUCUGCAACUGUGACCGUGAGGCCGCCAUCUGCUUCUCCAAGGCUCCCUACAACAAGGAGAACAAAGGAAUUAAGUGCUAGACUUCUUACCCCAGUUACUGACUUCACCACCCCCACCUGGGUGACUGUGUUCACUACACACUCUGCCCUCCAAUAAAGCACCUCCU